UUGAGAGCUGACAGGUUGAGACUGCAAAGGUUAGCGAUGAUCGAUUCCAUUGGAUGCACCUUGCAAGCCUUCCUGGCAGAGUACUCGCGGCUGAUGCGACAAGACCCCAAGACGAAGGACGAGACUGCGACCUCCCGGAGGAAACUGCGAAACACGCCCAUCGAGUUCAUGCUUCGAGAGCUGGGCGUCGAGCGACUCGGAGACAGCUUCGACUUUAGCACGGCGGCGGUCGACCUAGUCCCAACGGUUCCGACUCCUAUGGGCGCCACACUUGCGCGGGUCCGUCCCUGGGAGCGGCCGCCACAGCAGCAGCAACAGCAGCAGCAAACCCGAAAUAAGGAGGUUCGCCGCUUGUCGCCGCCGCCGCCGUCGGCGCCGGCGCUCGCGGUCGCUGCUGACGCUAACGCUAUUGGCGGUUGUGGCGGCGAUGUCAACAGGUCGGUGUCCUUGCAGCCCAACAGCAACGAAAGCAUCUGCUGGGAAAGGGGUCGUGGCGGCGGCAGCACACCAGUGGAGUCUUCAUCGCGCUACUGUUGGCAGGACCCAUGCCCGGCGUCUCCUUCAAUGUCGCCGCUGCCGCUGCUGCCGGUGCGGAGGAGGAAUGCGCCGNGAGGAGGAGGAGGAGGAGGAGGAGGAGGAGGCCGGCUCUGUGCUGCCACGGGCUCCCGAGACGGCAACGACUGGGAUGAUGAUCUCGAAGGUCAACGUGGCGCUGACAGCGCCGAUAUGAGUAGUCGUGCAGACGAUUUCGACUCCCCUGACGGUGACCCCGCGAGAGGGGGCCCCGAUACGAAGGGAGGCGACGCGGUCGAGUGCGACAGGGCAGGAGGGACCGAUCUUCGCUGCUACGGCGGCCAGCUAAGGAUGAAGUACUUGCUGAGCAAGCGGAGAAGCCAGGUCGAGGAGGCCGGACCGGAGGACGUGCUGAUCCUCCAGCCCACGAGCAUCGGUGCCGGCAUCGACGCAGGGUUCCUUGAGAUUUUUGCCAAGAAUUUAAUGCCGGAUUCGGCGGGGCCGCUUCGGGGAGCCUGGAAAGAGAGCCGCUUAGACUCUGUUCGUAUUGUGUGGCCAUCCAUGCAAUACAUGGACGCCUGUCGUAAGGAAAUGAGCAAGUCCACGUUGUUGCGGGACCGGCAGGUGUCCACGACCAUGGAGGUGGACCACAAGUACGUCAUGGGAGAGGACGGGAAGACCCCGGACUGGGACAACAACGGGUUCGUCUUCAUGUCGCCGGAUCAAUUCGACGGCAUGGGCCUAGACCUGCACUGCUGCCUACGGACAUUCCAGCUACACCCGGCAACCGCUCUUGCGCUCCCCCUUCGCCCCGCCCACGUGAAGAGCGCCAUGCGCCUGAGGAAGGCCCCGUUCCCUCUACGGCCGCAGUUGCCGUCGCCACAGAAGCAAGCCAUUUUUGCGCCCAACAAGAAUACCAACACUUGUGACCGAGGCGGAAUUGGAAACAGCGCCAUGAGCCACAGUUCUGCCGAGGGUGCUGUUGCUGCUGCUGCUGCUGCUGCUGCGGGGGGUUACGCGGCGGCGGGUAGGACCGCGGAUGUGCGCGGGGAUACGGGGUGUGACGGUGCACGCCCCGUCGUGUGUGCAAACGUUCAGCACUUUUCGUGGUUCCUGUUGACCAGCGCCUGCCUCUCCAAGGCGCCAUCCCGCGCAGCAGGGGCACAGGGCGAGGUGGUCGCGCACGGCGACCGAACAGGCACUGGCACCGCCGCCUCGGGCGCGAUAUUCAAGAACGUCGAGCUCGGAGUGCUCUUCCACUCUUCCCCAGAGCGGGCCUACCACACGGCACCACUCCCGGACUGCGCGUGCCCUGCGUGUGGCUGCUCACCCGGCAGCGGUGUGCCUCCGCACCGCAUCCGCACCGAUACCCUUGAACUUCCGCCGCCGCCGCCGCCGCCGCCGCCGCCGCCGCCAAUGGUAUCACCACGGUCGAUCCCCCUGCCCGUACCCUUUAGCUUGGACAGCGAGGCGUACACGGACCCGUUGACGGAGUCUCCGAAUUGUCGCUUCGCGCCCUACAUGCACACCCUCAAGAGCGACCGACCGUGGUCUGUAGAAGUGCAGAGCCUUCUAAAUUCGAAUGUUAGAGAGGCACAGUUCGCCUAGAACCGUCGAGUUGGCUACAUUGGGGCGCAGGAGCAGCGGCGGCAAUGGUGUUCGCCCGAGGGGUGUCAGUAGUUCCCGGUUGGAACGGGGGGGAUUAGAGUCAGCUCGUCGGCUCUGCAGCUACUUUGACGGUGUGAUCGCGCUUCGAACAUGGUUUCAUGGGUGUCAGGACGAAACCAGAAAACUCAAUGAGGGAGUUCGAGACCGCGGGGGGCGGGGGGCGGGGAACGGACGUGUGUAUGGAUCUUGUCGUCGAGUCUUGUUGCGCUAUGCAAUACGGUAUGUCCGUCAUUGUGUUGUGAAGGGAUGUACCAGAAUAGAUUUCUAUUGUAACUGUCCGGUAGGGGAAUGCAUGACGCGGUGACAGCAGCAGGUGACAGAGUAGCAGAACAUCAUUUUGUUGACAACAGCUGCUGACGGUCUUGCGUGCUGCAGAGCCACACAGGCAAUGGCGAAAUUCGUGUGGUAAGUCGGCAUCAUGCCGACUUGUCUUGUUUGUGAUGGUGUGCCGCGUUGAUUUGGUGCGAAAUGACGUGUUCCUGUUGAAAAUUCUUUCUCAGCUGGAAGUCACGCUUUUCAAGGGAGUAUAGGAACGGGUGGAUCCUUCUCGCGAAAGCCUCAAGGCAAACACUGUAGAAGGAAGGCUGAGUAACUCCGUGGCCUUCCUUCUAUGUGUUCCCCUGGCUGGUGCGUCUAGAAUAACUGUAAAUGACAUGAAUAUAUGAGAUGACAUUACAACAAACAAGAAUGGUUCG